AUGAAGUGCAUACUAGUUAAAGAGGACCCUUGGUUAAGGGUGAAACUGCCUUGUAACAGGUGGCGCCCCUCUGUCUACUCCCUUUCUUACAUCAAGAGGGGAAAAACACGGAACCACCACUACCCGAUCUGGUCACCAUACGCCUAUUACCUUUACUGUUACAAAUACCGGAUCACCCUCCGGGAGAGGAUGCUGCCUUGUUAUAAAAGCAUCACUUAUAAGGAACGGGAGGACUUGACACUCCGGCCCCGUUCCUGCCUUCAGUGCUCCGAGUCCUUUGCAGGCCUCCCGGUGGGCAGAAGCACCGAGCAGGGUGAUCACGACCAGCUUAAAGAAUUGUAUUCGGCUGGGAACCUGAUGGUGCUGGCUACCGCCCCCCUGCUCCACCAGGCCCCGGUGCAGUUAGACUUCCACUUCCGCCUCACCUCCCAGACCUCUGCCCAUUGGCACGGCCUUCUCUGUGACCAUCGACUCUUCCUGGAUAUCCCAUAUCGGGCCUUGGAUCAAGGGAACCGGGAAAGUUUGACCGCAACACUGGAGUAUGUGGAGGAGAAGACCAAUGUGGACUCCGUGUUUGUGAACUUCCAAAACAACCGGAAUGACAGAGGUGCCCUGCUACGGGUCUUCAGCUACAUGGGCUUUGAGGUGGUCAGACCAGAUCACCCUGCCCUCCCUCCCUGGGACAAUGUCAUCUUUAUGGUGUAUCCCCUUGAAAGGGACCUUGGUCACCUUCCCAGUGAACAUCCCUAAACAUGCUUAUUCCUACUCUGUGAGGGACUGGGAGCCUUGAUAAAUGGGACCCAGGCACUCAGGAUGUGAUUCAGGACAACUUCUUCCAUCCUAGGAAUAAAGGGUAGUGCAAUCCUCAAGUGUUCAGUUUCUUGGGGGGAAGG